UCUCAGGAAGUGUUUUCUUUCUUUAGCUACUACUUUCUGUAACCAUGAGCAUGCUCAGGCUCCAGAAGCGCCUUGCGUCCAGUGUGUUGCGCUGUGGCAAAAAGAAGGUGUGGCUGGACCCCAACGAGACAAAUGAGAUCGCCAAUGCAAACUCUCGUCAGCAGAUCCGAAAACUGGUAAAAGAUGGAUUGAUAAUCAGAAAACCUGUGACGGUCCACUCUCGUGCCCGCUGCCGCAAGAACACACUAGCACGUCGCAAAGGACGCCACAUGGGUAUUGGAAAGAGAAAGGGUACAGCCAACGCUCGUAUGCCGGAGAAGCUCUCGUGGAUGCGGCGCAUGAGAAUCCUGCGCCGUCUUCUUCGUCGCUACAGGGACUCCAAGAAAAUUGACAGGCACAUGUACCACAGCCUGUACCUAAAGGCCAAAGGUAAUGUCUUCAAAAACAAAAGAAUCUUGAUGGAGCACAUUCACAAACUGAAGGCAGAUAAGGCUCGUAAGAAGCUCCUGGCUGACCAGGCUGAAGCUCGUCGUACAAAAACAAGGGAGGCACGCAAGCGCAGAGAAGAGCGACUCCUUGCCAAGAAAGAAGCCUUAAUCAAGAGCUUGGCAAAGGAGGAAGAAACUGCAAAGAAGUGAAUCUGAAAUCGUAUCUUUAGGUUUCUGUUUUAUGACACAUAAAGUCUGAUAAAAGAGCCAA